ACCCGGAACUUUGGUGCCUGGGUGCAGCUUAAGCCCUGGGCCCGAGACACUAGCCGGAAAUGAGUACGGGUUCCUAGGGUCCUGAGUGGCCUCCGCGGCCUGCGGCGGCGGUUAGUGCAUCGGAGAGGACUGUCAUGGAGGCCUUGGCAGCCGCGGCAGUGGCGGAGAGGAAGAGCGAUGAUGACUCUGUGGAACCCAGACGUGUGCACUGGGGUGAGCUGAGCCAGACUUCCAUUCCGUCUGGUCCCCAGGACAAGGAUGCAGCGGCCAGCACACCAGGCGUCCCGGAUGGCGUCCCGGAUGGCGAGGCCUCCCAGGCCGAGAGCCCGGCUGUGAGUGCCAUGUUGCGUGCCAUCGCUGCCAGCCACCUGCCUGUGUGCAGUCAGCAGCAGGGUGAGCCCGACCUGACAGAGCAUGAGAAGGUGGCCAUCCUGCGCCAGCUGUACCACGAGAAGCCGCUGGUGUUCCUGGAGCGCUUCCGUGCGGGCCUCCGAGAAGAGCACCUGGGCUGCUUCGGCCACCUGCGCGGGGAUCACCGCGCCGACUUUUACUGUGCCGAGGUGGCCCGCCAGGGCACUGCCCGCCCCCGAACCCUGCGCACCCGCCUUCGGAACCGCCGAUACGCUGCCCUGCGCGAGCUCAUCCAAGGCGGCGAGUACUUCAGCGACGAGCAGAUGCGGAUCCGCGCCCCGCUGCUCUAUGAGCAGUACAUAGGACAGUACCUCACAGAGGAAGAGCUCAGCGCGCGCACCCCGGCCCCCCAGGCCCCCAAGCCCGGCGCCCCCAGCACACCUUCCUAUCCACUCUCCGACCUGCUGUUUCAGUCCUACCAGGAACGGGAGCUGCAGCAGCAGCUGCUCAGGCAGCAGGAAGAGGAGGAGGCCUGCUUUGAGGAAGAGGAGGACAGUGAUGAGGAAGACCAGACAUCAGACAAAGACACGGAGGCCUGGGUGCCCGACUUGGAAGAGAGGCUGAUCCUGCGGAUGGAGUUCACCAGCCGCAUGCACCAGCGCUUCUUGGACGGCAAAGACGGGGGCUUCGACUACAGCACGGUGGAUGACAACCCCGACUUUGACAACCUGGACAUCGUGGCUCGUGACGAGGAGGAGCGCUACUUUGAUGAAGAGGAGCCUGAGGAUGUGCCCAAGCUAGACCUGGAUGGGGACUGACUGCCCCCGCCCUGGCAGCCACCCAUGUUGGCAGCUGAUGACAGGCUGGCUUAGUGACUCUGGGACCAUCACCUCCGCUUUGUUUACAGGUUCCCACUCUUCUCCCCAGGAACAUCAUUACGUCCGUCUGUCUGUCUCCCCUCACCCCCACCCCACCCCAAACAGGGUUUCUCUGUGGCCCUGGCUGUCCGGGACUCCAUUUGCAGCCCAUGCUGGCCCUGAGCUCCCAGAGCUCACCUGCCCCUUCCUCCUGCCUGCUGGGAUUAAAGGCCUGUGCCACCGCACCCAGUGCUUCUCUCUUUGAGAUAGGACCUUGCUGAGGAGCACCAGCUAGCCUGCUACUCUCUUUGUAGCCAAGGCUAGUCUGAAACUCCGUACUCCUGCCUCAGUUCUCACACGCUGUGCCCGCAGGUGAGUCACCAUGCCUGGCCUGCCUGGCUUGUUCUUCCCCUCUCUGGUGUCACUGCCUCCUCUAGCUUCCUAGGUCCACCCUCUGCCUUUCUGUGCCCCCAGCAGGGCCCCAACAGUCACCUGGCAGUUGCCAACUGUCACACAGAUGCUAGCAUGUACUUCAAGCACACCUGGUCCCCAGCACAGCUUUGGGCUUCCCCACCCCUCUGUCCCCAUGUCCUACACUGGGCACCACUUUGCUUCUCCAGAGGUCCCACCUCACUCUUCAGGCCUCCUUGUUCAUUUCAUUUCUCUCCAGACCUUGCUGUCUAUCCCUCUGUCUCAGCCUUUAUGACUCUGGUUCUCUAUGUCCCCUCCCCCAGGCCUGGCAGCCAAGGGCAGCAGAAGCCUUCCCUGAGGGCAGGGGUCAAGGGAACCCAGGUGGCACAAGCCUCCUCUGGUACGUGUGGACACUGGCUGAGAGUGCUGGCAGAGGCAGAGCUGGGCACCACAGAGCCAGUAUAGGAGGAACUUGAAGGCGGGGACUCUUUUCCCCCCAGCCCCCCUUCCCAGCCACAAUUUUCCUUUUCUUCACUUCCUCCACCUCCUUCUCCCUCUCCUGUUUACACUCCCCAAAUGCGCACAGCCUGUUAUCAUGGUCUUGAGUCACCACAGACACACAGCCUGCCCCAGUGUCCCUGCCCCCAGCCGGCCACAGGGCCCACCCCACAGAGCCCCCUGCUGCCCUGGGCUAAUGAGAGCCAGAUGGCUGUUUGUGACUCAGCCGUGGCCUGUGGGAACCCAGACGUCCUACCUUCCCAUGCCCCACACCCAGCCCUGGCAGCCCCAGCAGACCACAGGGACCUGCUCCUGAGAACAGGGUGCUAGCACGUCUGGCCCUGAGGGUCCAAGCUGCUUGGAGACAGAAUGGUGGUGGCUGGCACUCUGCUCUGGACAUACCUGAAGGACCCUCAAAACUGCUUUGUGGAGCCAAGGUCCUGACCCCUGGAUCUUGGCUCUGCCCUCUGGGUCAACUAAACUCGCAGAGAGCUACUUAAAGUAGCAAAAGAUCCUCAGCAGCUCAGCCAGGGCCAGGCCUCCUGACAACCCUAGAACCACAAUGUCAACUGCCACUUGUCACCAACGAUGGAUGGAAAGGGCCCAGCAGUAGCCAUGUGCACCUUGAGACCAGCUGGCCUCCCAGGUAGAGCCAAGACUGGCACAUAACCCUCCACGCCUCUCGGCCAGUUGGCCACCAGGUGACUACCCGAGCUGGACAGUGGUGGAGACAGGAAGACGGACUUCCUCAGGCCUCGAAGACAACAGAAGGUGCAGGUGUUGUGGCUCGUGCUAUGGUGGCGGGUGCUAAGCAGUUACAGCCCCACCCUUGUCCCCCAGGGUCCAGCCACACUGGACAGGAGCCAGGAGUGCUCUUUUGGGGACUUGUGUUGGCUCAUGUAUUUUCAGUUGCUGUCCGGAUCAUUAAAUUUACUUUAGAAACUC